UGGUGAUGAGUCGUCUUUUAAACUACAGAACUUUUGAGUCCAAGAACUGUGAAUAUCUUGGCUUUGGGAAGCAACCACCCGCUGCCAACCCUCUAGAUGACGCUGGUUUCUUUUCUCUGGCUACGUUUGCAUGGCUCACUCCCAUUUUGUGGAAAGUCUUUAGACGACAGAUGGAUGUAGACUCCUUACCUUCUUUAUCGCCGCUUGAUGGUUCAGAUGUUAAUGCAAAAAGAUUUCAGAGGCUCUGGGAUGAGGAGGUUGUUAGGGUUGGACCUGAGAAGGCUUCAAUUGAACGUGUGGCUUUUCGCUUUCAAAAGACUAGAAUGAUCCUGUCUUUCUGUGCGUCCCUUGUGUUCAGUGCUUUCAGUUUAAUAGGACCAGGAUUUCUGGUGCUCAGUAUUCUUCGGCAUGUUGAAUCUUUCUCUCCAGACCUCAUUCAUGGGGUUAGCCUCUGUGUUGCACUUUUUGUGUCAGAGUUCAGCAAAACAUUUUUUUCUUCUUUGACCUGGGCUAUCAACUAUCGAACAGCAGUUAGACUUAAAUCUGCUUUCUCUGCCGUGGCUUUCCAGAAGUUGAUGAAUCUAAAGUCUUUGGGUAACAUCUCUGUUGGAGAGGUUAUCAACUUACUUUCCAACGACGGGUAUCGACUUUUUGAUGCUGUUAUAUUUUUCACAUUUUCAUUGUGCUUGCCAGUGUUGCUAAUAGUUUGCAUUAUUUAUACAUGCUAUGUUUUUGGCUAUACUGCACUCAUAGGCGUUUUGGUAUAUCUCAUCUUUACCCCUAUACAGUUGUUGAUGGCAAGGCUGACAUCUGCUUUCCGAAGGAAAGCAAUACCUAUGACAGACAGUAGAGUGUGCACAACGAAUGAAGUUCUGACUUGCAUUAAACUAAUCAAAAUGUAUGGCUGGGAGAGUUCAUUUGAGCAGAAUAUUACUGAGUUGCGGAAAAACGAAAGAAAAACUUUAGAAAAAGCAGGAUUUCUCCAGAGUAUGAAUUCUUCUGCGAUGCUGAUCAUACCAACUUUGGCAACAGUUCUCUCCCUUAUCGUUCACACAUCUUUGAAACUUACUCUAUCUUCAUCAGCAGCAUUCACAAUGAUUGUUAUUUUCAAUGCAAUGAGCUACACAAUCGGAAUUCUUCCAUUUUCAGUAAAAGCCUUGGCAGAAGCUAAAAUCUCUUUGGCCAGAUUAAAGAAAAUUCUUGUAGUUGAAAAUCCAGAACAGUAUGUGAUUUCCUUAAAAGGGUCUCCAAAUGCAUUAGUAAUGGAAAAAGCCACUCUGUCAUGGAACAAGCUUGAUGGCAACAGUGGGACUAAUGGGACCCUCGCAAAUGGAAAGAACAGUAAUGAAAAUGAAAGUAAUAAAAAAGCACAAAAAAAAAAUGGAACAAAAUCAACCACAAAAGAAACAAACAAAGUCACUCUGAGAAAUAUUAAUAUAACACUAGAGAAGGGAAAGCUUCUGGGAGUGUGUGGAAAUGUUGGAAGUGGCAAAAGCUCAUUGAUAUCAGCAUUAUUGGGGGAGAUGUACCUCCUCCGUGGCUCAGUGGCAGUGGAUGGAAUGUUUGCCUAUGUAUCCCAGCAGGCCUGGAUCUUUCACGCAACUGUUAGAGACAAUAUUUUAAUGGGAGAGGAUUUUGAUGAAAAAAGGUACAGUGAAGUUAUUAGUGCUUGCAGCCUGAAGCAUGACCUGGCUAUUCUUCCACAUGGUGAUAUGACCGAGAUUGGUGAAAGGGGCCUCAAUCUCUCAGGCGGUCAGAAGCAGAGGGUAAGCCUGGCCCGAGCCAUUUACUCCAACAGAGACAUUUUCUUACUGGAUGACCCCCUUUCAUCUGUGGAUGCACAUGUUGGCAAACAUAUUUUUGAGGAGUGUGUCAAAAAGGCACUUACAGGAAAAACGAUCAUUCUGGUCACGCACCAGCUGCAGUACUUGCAGUUCUGUGAUAAAGUUAUCUUACUGGAAGAUGGAGAAACUGAAGAAAUGGGGACCCACAAAUCUUUGAUGGAAAUAAAAGGCAGAUAUUGGCAGCUCAUCCAGAACUAUCAAUCAGAACACUCAAAUUUUCAGGACUCUGUCCAUGAGGAAAAACACACACAAGAAAUCUCUGGCUCUAAAAAAAACGAUUCUGAACACGGAAUUGAAAAUCCUGCUUUUGACGUAUCUGACGAGAUGAAUGUAUCUGCGAAUCACAAGCACUCAAGUGGACUGGACAAAAACGAAGAACCUAAAAAACAGUUAGUUCUUCAGGAAGGAGGACAUGGAGGUUCUAUUACAUGGAAAACCUACCACCAUUAUAUUAACGCUUCUGGAGGAUAUAUUUUGGCUGUUUUUCUUUUGCUUGUGUUUUUCUUGAUGGUGGGAUCAAGUAACUUCAGCAGUUGGUGGCUUGGACAUUGGCUAGAACAGGGCUCCGGGGGAUAUAACUGUAAUUCUACUAAUGGUAGUAACACCACAUCAUUGCAAUGUGGCAGCAUUUUACAUAAUCCUGACCUGCAGUUUUACCAGCUGGUGUAUGGAAUGAUCACAGUGGUUAUGCUUGUACUGAGUGUCAUCAGAUUGUAUGCAUUUACAAAAGUCACACUGAGAGCUUCUUCAAACCUGCAUGACAGAAUGUUUCAUAGGAUCAUCUGCAGUCCAAUGAGUUUCUUUGACACAACCCCGACUGGCAGGGUGAUUAACCGCUUCUCCAAGGACAUGGAUGAGAUUGAUGUUGGCUUGCCGUUUACUGCAGAAAAUUUAUUGCAGUCUUCCUUUUUGGUUCUGUUCAUCAUUGCCAUCUUGUCAACAGUGUUUGUAGAACUUCUUAUUGUAACCUGUGUCCUGGCAGUUAUCAUUGGGAUCUUGCUAUUUGUUUUCCAGAGAAGUAUUCGAGAACUGAAGAGGAUGGAGAAUAUUAGCCGCUCUCCCUGGUUCUCUUAUACCAGUGCUACUAUCGAAGGACUGAGCACAAUCCAUGCAUACAAUAAACAAGCAGAACAUAUUGAACAAUUUAAGCAGUUAGGUGACAUUAAUUCCAAUCAUUAUAUGCUGUUUCACUGCGGGACAAGAUGGCUUUCCUUUCAACUGAAUGUCCUUGUUUCUGUCGUCUCUCUGCUGGUGGCUUUGUUUGCUGUUUUGGGCCCUGAAUCGAUCAGUCCUUCAUUCAAAGGGCUGGCUCUCUCCUACACAAUCCAGUUAACUGGAAUAUUACAGUUUAGCAUGAGACUUGGAACAGAAUUUGAAGCACUAUUCACUUCUGUCGAAAGAAUACUAGAAUACGUAUUGGGAUGCGUUUCCGAGGCUCCUAUGAAGAUUAAGGAUGCACAAAUUCCUCAAGGGUGGCCAAACCAUGGUGCAAUUACCUUUAAUGACUACCACAUGAAAUACAGAGAAAAUACCCCAAUAGUUUUGAAUGGGUUACACAUCCGAAUCGCUGCAAAAGAAAAAGUUGGAAUUGUUGGAAGAACAGGAUCAGGAAAGUCUUCCCUGGCAGUAGCUUUGUUCCGACUAGUGGAGCCGUUCAGUGGAACCAUCCACAUUGAUGGCCUUGACAUCUGCAGUAUUGGAUUGCAAGAUUUACGCAGUCAACUCUCCGUAAUCCCACAGGAUCCUGUUUUGUUUGUCGGCACAGUAAGGUAUAAUCUGGAUCCCUUUGACAAAUGCAGUGAAGAUGAGAUCUGGCAAGCGUUGGAAAGAACAUAUAUAAAAGAUAUGAUCUCCAACCUGCCCAAAAAGCUAGACACAGAGUUGGUUGAGAAUGGGCAGAACCUCUCUGUGGGUGAACGACAGCUGCUGUGCAUGGCGCGAGCCCUUCUGAGAAACUCCAAGAUAAUUGUUUUAGAUGAAGCUACUGCCUCUAUUGAUUCUGAGACAGAUGCCCUGAUCCAGCACACAAUCAGAGAGGCCUUCCAGGAGUGCACCAUGUUGACCAUCGCUCAUCGUAUCAACACUGUUCUGGACAGCGACAAGAUCCUGGUCAUGGAAAAUGGAAAGGCUGUUGAAUUCGACCGACCAGAAGUCCUGGUGCAGAGACCAGAUUCGUUAUUUGUAUCACUUCUAGCAGCUGCCAAUACAGUGAAAACCUCGCCGCUGUAGCAUGUUCUUUCUACUGACAGCAAACCGUUUACAUGCAACAUCCAUUCACCAAAAAAAAAAUGGAAAUCUCAAUGAUAAAUGUGGGAUUGUACUGACCCUGAGAUUGUUGUUUCUUUGUUCAGUUUCAGUGUGUAUGUAUUGUUUUGUGAUCA